AUGGACCAUUAUGCGAAUCAUAAUUAAUUUCUAAAAACAUUCUCCUCUCCUUUUGAAACAGAUCCCAUACUUAUAAGAAAACCCAAAAAUAUUCAAAUUUAGUCUCUUGCAAUCCUUACUUAGAAACCAAAAGAGGAGCUAACUAUUGAUGAGAGAUUUAACUAUGUCAUGAGAGAGGAUACUCCAAAAGACAUAAAGAAAAGGCUUAAAGAGGAAAGAAGGAAAGAUAAUAAGCUCAACUUUUGUUCAGUAAAAGAUGUUUUAGUCAAAGAGCCAAUUAACUAAGUUCUAUCCAUUAAUAAUUGGGAGAGAUCAAGAUCAGUUUAAAAGAAAAAACCUACUGUUAACUAAUAACCACUAAAGCCAAUGCAAUUGCUUCCAAUGGAUCCAGGCAUUUAGAAUAUGCCGUAACCAAAAAAGGCAAAAGUUAGAGAGAGGAACAGACUUCUUUCUUCAGAUCCUAUGUCAAGUCAAAUAACUUAGAUGACUUUCAAUCUUAGAUUCAUUGAAUAAUUGUACAAUGAACUAGAAAAGUUUAAAGCUAUAUCCUUUAUAAAUGAUAAGACUCUAAUGGAUAAUAUGCUUGUUAAGAAUGCAUCCAAAAAGCUUGAGAGCAUACUUAGGCAUAAGUAAGAAUAAAUGUAAAGAUCUCCAUCAGUCUAAUCUACUCCAAAAGAAACAUACGAUAUGGCAGAGCAAAAGAGAAUCACAGAUGAGAAAGAGAGAUUAGCUAAUUUAGAAGUGUUUUUGGAAUAUAAAAAGCAAAAGAUCUUAGAAUAGUUCACUUAGCUGAAAUCUGAAUAAUCUGGUAUUAGAAAAAGUAAUGCACAAAUUUAAAAAGAUUAUCAUGAAGGACUUCCGGUAAGAUUUAAUCAGGAUUUUAAACUUUUAUAGAGACUUGAAGCAUUGCUAAAUGAUUAAAAAGAAUUGAAACAAAAGAUUCAUCACUACGAUCAGCUGAAUCCUGUCUAAAGGUAAAGGCCCCAAUUAAUGAUUCAAAAUGAUAGCAACACGAAUGCUUACAAAGAAGUUUCUGAAAAAAUCGAGAGAUUAAAGUAUAAGCUUGAAAACAACUAAGUCUAGUAACAGUUAAAUCUAACUAGAAAGGAGCAAAUUAAAAAUUAGAUUAAAGAAACUAAGAAUCUUUUGAGCUUAUUAAUUGAGGAAUAGGUGAAGCACUAUUAGGGCUUAUUAAGAGAAGGAAUUGAUUGCAGAGAGUUUGGUCUUUCAUGGCUAAUUAAAAGUUUAUGGUUGCUGGAGCAAGAAGUAUCACCGUUGAUAUUCCCUGUGUUCUUAGACAAGCAAUCUAUUGAAUACCUCUUCAUUGUAUGUACAUUUCAUAACUUAUUCUUUUAGUGUGCACAAUAGGAAAUAGAAAACGAGGAAUUAUUGAAAAGAAUUAAGAAACUAAGAGAUGAAAAGCACAAGCUUUAGCACACAAAUGAUAAUUCAAUAUCUUAAACUUUGAUUAAAGAACUAGAAAAAUCAUAGCACUAGAAUACUUUGAAAGUCCUGCCUGUUAUUGAAUCUAAAAGAGACAUGAUUGAGAGUAUGUUUACAGAUAGAGAAAGACAUUUAUCACUCGUUUAUUCUAAGGAUAUUAUUAUGGAUAACACUAGAAACAAACUUGAGACAAUGUGCUCUACAAGCAGAGUUAUUUAAAAGAAAGAAAAAGAUAUCACAAAGCAAAAUGCAAAUACUUUCUUCAACGAAUUAAUGGAGUCAACACUAGGCUCUAGUCCGAUUGCAAAGAAAAGUUAAAUGAAUAUAGAGGGGGCUCUGGAAAUGAAGCAACUUGGAGCAAUUGGUAUAUUGAGAUUAAGAAUCAGCGAAAAGAGACUUAAUGAUGCUGAGUAGUCUUUGCAGGUAGGAAAAGAUAAGUUUAAACAAUUGAGAUAAUAAGAAUUGGAAAGAGUCAAAAGAGAAUUUAAGUUGCACAACUUUGGGGAAAGAUUCUAAUGCAAUUUUAAUAUGGUAUCUAGGGCUUUAUUUGGGGAACUUGAGAAAUUUAAACUCUGA